AGAGAGUGGUCGAGAGAAAGAAACGGAGCGAGAGUGAAAGAGAGAGAGAAAGAAAAAGAUCAGCACACAGAAUGAGAAGAAGGAAAAGCUGAGCUCCAGCUGCAGAACAACAGAGGCUGAAGAUUAGCGUCAGAUCCGUAGGAGAAAUUCAGACAAUGGUCGUCCGUCUCUCUUUCCGAAUCCUCAGCUGUCUUGCGUCGCUCUGCCUCAGCGCUUCCCAGCCCCCGUUUCAUCCAGCGACUCAUCGACAGUGUGAGAUAUGAGCUCCAAACACUCAGCCGACUGGAUUCCGUACAGCACCUUGGAUGAUGAGUGCAGUAACCUGAGACAGCAGAAACUGGACAGACAGAGGGCUCUGUUAGAGCAGAAGCAGAAGAAGAAGCGUCAGGAGCCCCUGAUGGUGCAGUCAAACCUGGACGGUCGCUCUCGGACCCGCAGGACGCGACAGUGUGAGGAGCAGGCGCCACUUGUCGAGUCCUACCUCAGCAGCAACAGCAGCACCAUCUACCACGUACAAGAAGCUGAGCAGGAGGAGGACAAGGCUGUAGCGGAGGUUCAGGUUCCAUGUUCAGCUAAAAAAUCCAAGCCACUCACGUUGACCCCACAGACGGGCAGCACCAAGAAGGAGAAAAAGGGCAAGCACAAAGGAACUCACGGACCAGCCGCAUUCCAGGACGAGGCCCAGGAACUGAGCAGCCAGAUCCAGAUCCUCACAGUGGGACAUUCUGCUGGACAUGACAGUGAAACUGAGGUCCAGAGCAAAGCCGUCUCUCAGAGCAAACAGGACCUGAGGGUCACGAUGCUGAAGAAAGGUAUCUCCAGCAGCAUGAAUUUUGAUGAGGAAGAUGAUGAUGAUGAUGAAGAAGUGAGCUCCAGUUCUUCUCAACUCAACAGCAACACCAGACCAGGCUCAGCCACCAGCAAGAAGUCCAACAAGGAAACAGCUUCAGCUUCAACUUUGGUGACAAAUGAGCCAUCCAUCGAUGUGGGAGAUCUGGAGGAGUUCACCUUGAGGCCAGCACCACAGGGGGUCACUAUCAAAUGCAGGAUCACACGGGAUAAAAAAGGAAUGGACCGGGGAAUGUACCCAACCUACUACCUCCAUCUCGAAAGAGAAGAUGGCAAGAAGAUGUUCCUUUUAGCUGGUAGAAAGAGAAAGAAGAGCAAAACCUCCAACUACCUGAUCUCCAUCGACCCCACUGACCUGUCAAGAGGUGGCGAGAGCUUCAUCGGGAAACUCAGGUCCAACCUCAUGGGAACCAAGUUUACAGUUUACGACAGCGGGACGAACCCAGUGAAGAGCACGUCCAGCUUAGAGGCCAGUGACCUGAGGCAGGAGCUAGCAGCCAUCUGCUAUGAGACCAAUGUGUUGGGGUUUAAAGGUCCUCGGAAGAUGAGUGUCAUUAUUCCUGGAAUGAACAUGGAUCAUGAAAGGGUCUGCAUUAGACCACGAAAUGAGCAUGAGACACUGUUGGCUCGCUGGCAGAAUAAGAGCACUGAGAGUGUGAUCGAGCUCCACAACAAGACGCCGGUGUGGAACGAUGACACUCAGUCAUAUGUGCUGAACUUCCAUGGCAGAGUCACUCAGGCCUCGGUGAAGAAUUUCCAAAUCAUUCAUGACAAUGACCCGGAUUAUAUCGUGAUGCAGUUUGGACGAGUGGCUGAGGACAUCUUCACUAUGGACUACAACUACCCCAUGUGUGCGCUGCAGGCCUUUGCUAUCGCUUUGUCCAGCUUCGACAGCAAACUGGCCUGUGAGUGAGUGUGAGUCUGAGGACGAGGGGACGUGUGAGAUUCCCUCGGAUGAUUCCCUCGGAAGGACUUCAGAGACCUGCAGGAGUCCUAACCGAACUGAUGCGUGUGUGAAAGAAGGCAGGAGCUCAGACUGACACACGGCAGACUUGUUAAAAGUGAUGCUGAGGGAAAAAGCACAAAGCUGACCUGCCUACAAGGCCACUUCAUUCUUAUCACGCUUGUUUCAUGUUAAAAUAAAAUAUUGUGGAUCUUCAAUGCUA